AAGUGAUGUGUGCAGCCGUCGACACCAAUGGUCAAUGGGUUUACGCGCGUCUAUUUUUAGCAAGAAAGGGAAAGCACACGAGCCAUCGCAAGAUGAAUACCCACCGGUGUCGUUUUUCUCACUGUACCGCUAUUCAAAUCUUUUGGAGAGGUUGUUCGUUGCAUUUGGUCUCUUGCUAUCCGCAGGAGUCGGUGUAACUGCACCUUGCAACAUUUUAGUAUUUCGGACGCUUGUCAAUGUCUUAACCGUGCCUCCUGGCUCAGGUCAAUUUCAUGCGGCAGAUGCCUACCCUAGUGUUAUUUGGUUCGUGAUAAUUGGAUGUAUUCUGCUAGUCGCUUCAUUCAUUCAAGCUACUCUACUUGGUAUUUCUUCAAAGAGGCAGCUGCGUACUAUACGCCUUCUUUACUUCAAAGCGAUUCUUCGGCAAGAUGCCUCUUGGUUUGAUAGGCAGUCUGCAGGGGCGCUAAUAAACAAAAUUUCCCAAAGCACGCAACAAAUCGAGGAUGGAAUAGGAACCAAACUUGGUGAAUUUGUGCAAAAUAUAUCUGGAUUCGUUGCCGGUAUUAUUAUUGCUUUUUCAUUAAGCUGGAAGUUAACUUUGGUGGCAUGCGCAAUGCUUCCUUUCGUCGCCAUUGCCUUCAGCCUAUUUGGCUUUAUAAUGAAGCAUUUUACAAUCAAGGAGUUGUCCGCAUACUCCAAGGCUGGUUCCAUUGCAAAUGAAGCGUUAUCUGCAAUUCGCACGGUUUUUGCUUUUGGAGGUGAACAAAAGGAGCUGGAUAGAUACAGCAAAGAAUUAAAGGCUGCAGAAUCUGUUGGCAUACGGAAAAAUACAGCAGUUGGUGGAGUUGCUGGUUCUAUCGGUUUGACCAUCUUCUGCUCGUCUGCCCUCAUUUUCUGGUACGGGAUCAAACUGAUCAUCGAAGAAAACUAUGAUCAAGGAUCUGUGGUUUUGGUUUUCAUCAACGUUCUAAUGGGUAGCAUAUACUUAGGCAGUGCGUUGCCCAACUUUCAAUACUUCAUGAACGCUACGGCUUCUGCAAGGGAAGUUUACGGGACAAUUGAAAGGGAGCCACCAAUCGAUAAGGAUGCUGAUGGAGUGCGAUUGCCUAAUUUCGUCGGCAAUAUUAACUUCAUUGGUGUAAGCUUCUCCUACCCAUCACGCCCCGACGUCCCUAUUCUCGUUGACUUCAAUUUAAAACUGGAGAGCGGAAAGACGGUGGCUCUAGUUGGUCCGAGUGGAUCUGGAAAAAGUACGAUUGUGCACAUGCUUCAGCGUUUCUACGAUCCACUUGAGGGUCAGAUACUGAUAGAAGGUGUCGACAUCCGGUCGCUUGCCCUCAAAGACUACCGGGCUCAGUUGGGCUCCGUACAACAAGAACCUGUUCUAUUUGAGGGUACAAUCGCAGACAACAUAAGGAUGGGCAAGUUGGACGCCACGCAAGCGGAAAUCGAAGAGGCGGCAAGACUGGCGAAUGCACAUGAGUUCAUCCUCCAACAGCCAGAAGCCUACGACACCGUUAUUGGUGAGAGGGGUGGCGGUAUGUCCGGUGGCCAAAAGCAACGAAUUGCAAUCGCACGUGCCUUAAUUCGCCAACCAAAAUUAUUGUUAUUAGACGAAGCCACAUCAGCACUGGAUACCAAAUCUGAAAGGAUUGUACAAGAAGCUCUGGAAAAAGCCUCUGUCGGUCGAACCACUGUAGUGGUUGCUCAUCGCUUGACCACCGUCAGAAAUGCGGAUCUGAUCAUUGUGUUGGAGAGAGGAGUGGUUCGCGAGUCGGGCACACACGAGCAGCUUGUCGCCAUGAAUGGUUUAUACGCUGCCAUGCUUCGAAACCAGAAACAAAGUGACUUGAUUGCUGAAUCGGAUGAAGCAACCGAGGAUGAAUUAGAUGGAACCCCUACCGAAAUCGUAUCCGAUAAGCUCACAAUCCCUGAUGGUGUGUGGCGACGAAUUUCGAAGGAUGAUACUGCUUCAGUUGGGUCAACUGUUACUAUCAAGCAACGUUUCAGCGUGCUUUCGCAAGCAUUCACUGAACAGUUGAAGAAGGUGUCUCCAAUCAAGCGAUUGUUUGCACUCAACCGGCCGGAGUUGGUGCAAAUCAUCCUCGGGUGUAUCUGCUGUAUGAUUGCUGGUGCUGUGCAACCUUCGUUCGCUAUCCUCUACUCAGAGAUCUAUGAGAUCUUCGGUCUGCAAGCACAACCGGACUUAAUGAGCCAGCGCACUAGCUUGAUCUGUGGAUUGAUGGCUAUGUUGGGGUUCAUUAGAUUCUUCUCAAUGCUUGGCCAAGGCUAUCUAUUCGGAGUAUCGGGGGAGCGCUUAACAAGACGACUGCGAUCACAGUACUUUGAGGCAAUUCUGCGACAGGUCACUGCGACCAAUCUACUUUAUCCACCUUAUGAACCUUAACCCUCUGCUAUCUCGCACGAUCACGAUCUAUUUCAUUUGGACACAAAAAUUUACGUCAACUGAAACGACUUAUGAAGAAAUGUUUUACUGAAACCUUUUCUGUUCUGAAUGGAUGCAAAUCUUCCAGAUGUAGUUCAGCGUUAUGGAAUCGUUGCGCGAUCGAGGUAACACAGUUCAAUCCUAUUAUUUUUUACCCAUUUGUAAAGUCAACAUUUUUGAUGGUAACCCUCUCAUACAUUUAUUGUUGAUGAUGUAAAAUGCUCUAAAGGCACCCAUUUGGGUACCUAAAGCACACUGACUGGCUGACUGACUGACCUACCCACUGCGCACUAAGUAAAGGAUUGUUUUGGUUAGCGGAUAUAGGUUUGAGGCGGAUAAAAGUUGAUCUAAUAGUGAGAAAUGAAACCACUAGCGAUUGAAAAGGGGGCGUUGAUGUCUUCUUCCGCAUGCUAACGCCAGGUCCGCAUCAUCUGUCCCGUGGAUGUUUCGAAAUUUUAGAGGCCAUGGCUGGCAACCGUCAUCGGUAUCGCGUCCACUGUCACUACCUAGUCUGAUAGUCCGGUUAAACUGUGUGAAAUUGCGUUACACGUGAAACGGAAAUUAUUAGGAUGGAAGCAGUGAAAACCGCAAGGAAACCGUCACAUCGGUGCCACAUUCGCAGAAUAGCCAGCUGCUUGUGACUGUUAUCGACAAGUUGUCUCGAGCUUGAAUGUUAAUCUAAGACGUUUAGUUUUUGUACUAACCUCCCUUACAUCCUUCUGAGGACUCUUCAUCCCAUAGACCAUCCUAGCUGCAUUUCAGAUAACCAUAAGUUCAGUAUCGUUGUUGUUAUUGAUACUGAUGGUGAUGAUUUCCUGGAUUAAGGUAACCGAAUCUAUGCUUUCUGGUCCCGGUCCUUGGAUAUGAGCACCGAAAUCUACCUAUUCUCUGUCAGUACCCUAGUACUUCUCAUUCCACAUGUUAUUAUGGUUGUAUUGCAGCAGCACGUCAGUUCAAAGCUCUCGUGUACUGCUGCUGAUGGUACUGCCCCAUAUGAUUUGUGUACCUCCGUCAUUAAUGCGAGCAAUUGUGAGGUUUCUGGUUGUAAAUAUAAAUUUUACCUUUGCAAUUUAAGCAGAUACUGCAUGAGUUUGUUUGUUUGUGCUCAAAGUACCAACUCUUUGGUAACUUUUCUGCUUUUCCAUUUUAAAGGAGAUCGGAUGGUUUGAUCGAUCGGAAAAUCAGGCUGGCGCAUUGACGGCUAAGCUGGCAACGGAGGCUUCCAAACUGAAGAAUAUUUCCGGAUCUCAACUGGGAUCCAUUGUGGAAGCCGCCGUACUUUUCAUCGUCACCAUAAUCAUAGCCUUUGUGAAUAGCUGGCAGUUAAGCUUGGUUUUCCUGGGAUUCUUCCCUCUCCUAAUAAUAUCCGGGAUGUUUCAGGUACGAAAUUUGUCCGGCUCCCAGGCUGCCGAAGUAUCGGACGUUAUGCGCGUGGCACAAGAAGCAAUCAGCAAUGACCGCACUGUAUGCACUCUAAAUUUGGAAGUGCAUUUUUACGACAAGUUUUACCAGUCGAUGAAAAGCAAUUACAAGUACGUCUGACCUCUUUGUUAAAAUGGAUUGGCUAAUCAUAAUAACGGAUUAGAAGUACCAGAGACCCACAGAAAAUAAUUUUGAGAACGUUGACAAAGCCCAACAAAUCAGGAUAUAUGAGCUUCAUACAU